AUGGCCGCCACCCAACCCAUCACAGCGCUCGACCUCGCCCCCUACAACAUCAAGAAGAUCGCCUCAGGCAAAGUCCGCGAAAUCUUCGAACUCGACUCUUUCACCCUCCUCUUCGUCGCCACCGACCGCAUCUCCGCCUACGAUGUCAUCCUUACCAACGGCAUCCCCGGGAAGGGUGAACUCUUGACCCAACUCUCAGCGCAGUGGUUCUCACUCAUCACGUCGAAGCUGCCAUCAUUACGGAAUCACCUCGUCGGCACCGACGUUCCGGACGUGCUCAAAGGGACCGAUGUGGAGAGCGCGUUGAGAGGGAGAUCGAUGCAGGUUCGCCGGUACGAGAUUGUUCCUCUGGAGUCGAUCGUGCGCGGCUACAUUACCGGAUCUGCGUGGAAGGAGUAUCAGCAGCACGGCACCGUCCACGGCACCUCCGUCCCAGCAGGUCUGCAGGAAUCCCAGCGCUUCGAAAAGGCACUCUGGACGCCGUCUACCAAAGCCGAGGCGGGCGAGCACGACGAGAAUAUCUCCCCGGACCGCGCCGCUGAGCUCGUUGGCCCCAAAGUCGCGAAGAAGAUCGAGGAGGUGAGUCUGGCGGUCUACGAGCUCGCCCGCGACUACGCCGCCGAGCGCGGCAUCAUCAUCGCCGACACGAAGUUCGAGUUCGGCUUGAUCCCUGAGACGGGGGAGGUGGUGUUGGUGGACGAGGUGUUGACGCCGGAUUCCUCGCGCUUCUGGCCGAAGGAGAAGUAUGAGGUGGGCAAGGGGCAGGAGAGCUUUGACAAGCAAUUCCUGCGGGAUUGGUUGGUGAGGGAGGGGUUGAAGGGGAAGGAGGGGGUGGAGAUGAGUGGAGAGGUGGUGGCGGAGACGGGGAGGAGGUAUCGGGAGGCGUUCGGGCGGUUGUUUGGGGGUUGA